AUGUCUCUCAAAUCGUCAUUUUCAUCUAAGCUAGAAGCGAUCAACGAGACACAGGAGUCCAUCACCUCUUUGUCAAAGUUCAUGCUUGCCAAUGUUCUGGCAUCGGAGGAAUUGGUAGACAUCUGGAAGUCACAACUCACACGUACCUCAUCGGAUAGUAAAAAAUUACUUUUGAUAUACCUUUGCAACGAUGUAGUGCAACAAGCCAAGCGUCUGAAUAGGGUGCAAUAUAUUCAGAGCUUCAGCAAGAUUCUACCGAACGUGGUCAGCCCUGUGUAUGCCCAAGUAGAUCCAAAAAUCAAAGCCAAGAUCGAUCGAGUUGUUUCAGUUUGGGAACAGCGACAAGUGUUUUCUACAUACUACCUUGAUGAUUUGAGAAAGGCAUUCAAAUCUGCAAAGCCACUAGCAGCACCAGUAUCGACAUCCAGUACCACGGCGGCUUCGACUUCGACUUCGACCUCGAGCAAUCAGCCAAUAGUGAACCUCGAGUUGAAAGUCAUCAAUGACCUUCUCCAACAUGUGGAGCAACUUACAAAUAUCAGUCAAGGAAACCUUACGCAAUUGGGAAUACAGUCCAAGACAUAUCUCAACUUGAAUGCAGACAAUUUGCCCAAGACGCAAAUUCAUCUUAAUAAGCUCAACGUUUUGGAGAAGCUUAGCAAGGUUUCAAUCAAGAAUAUCGAGGAAAUUAAGCAGACCAGAGAGAGUAUUAUUUCGAAUAUAGAGUCGUUGGCAUCCGUCAUAACGGAAGGUAUUAGGGCAGAUGAGACAAAAAUUGCGGUAAUCAAGGACAAGAUGGAGAAGAUCAAGGAAGUGCGAGCGAAACUAAAAAGCGAGGCUGGCGAGCAGGAGGAAAAAUUCAAAGGCGGAGAUGGAGCUGCAAAUGAUAAAGGAAGUGGCAGGGAUGCAAAUGCCGAUGACAACAACAACAACAACAACAAUAAUAAUUCUAAUAGUGAAGAUGAGGAUGAGUUGCCCAAAUACGAAGACGAGGAAGACUCUGAAAAUGAGCCAGAAUUAAAGAAACGGAAGACGUCGCCUAGUCCAUCUGGAGGAUCAACUCCUAGAAAAGUUGCAUUUGCUGAAGAUAUUGAGGUGAAUGAGUUUGAACAGCAAGACAGUGAGGAAGAAGAGGAAGAAGAGGAAGAAGAAGAGGAGAAGGAGGAGGAAGAAGAACAAGAAGAAGAAAAGACGCUGGAAGAUAUAGACAACUAUAAUGAAAAUGGCAACGAUAACAAUACCAGUACCUCACUGUCGACCGAGGAGACUAGCUCGGAAGUCAUGGAUUUGCUUCUGCAUCUCACAUAA